AUGACUUCGAUUUCGAAAUGCGUAAAAACUUUUAUCCCAAUGGAAAUCUUACAAAAAAUAACUGUGUACCUCGCUGAUGAUAAAUCUUCAUUAUAUUCAUGUGUCCUAGUGUCAAGGCAUUGGUGUGUAAACUUGAUGGAAAUAUUAUGGAGUAAACCGUUCCACCUCUCCAACUCACCUCAUCUAAUCGAUACGUACUUAUCAUUCUUACCCGAAACCUCUCAUGAUCAAUUAAAACUUGAGAAAUGUGUCGGAUCGAGGAAGAAUGAACGAAAUUUCAUGUUUGAUUACCCUUCGUUCCUAAGAAAGUUAACAAUUCCAUUUUUAUGUGAUGCGAUAGAAGAGUACCUUCGAAGAGAAUUAAACAUGACCAAGUUUCUCUCUUCAAAUGUGUUUGCUGAUUCGAUAACGUUACAAACCCAGGCCGCAUCUGAUCUUCAAUUAUUCCUUGAAAAGCAAAAUGUUAUUUUACGUGAAUUGUGUAAACUAAUUUAUAAUAAAGCCAACAUAAAUGAAUUCAAGCUCUAUAUUUGCACGGGCAAAGAGGAGGAUGCGUCGUUCUUUGAUCGACCAGAAGGUUGCUUUGCCUUGGAGGAAUUAAUGAAAUCACGAGAUUGUUUUAGAGGAUUGAAGGUUUUUGAAUUUUCCGGGAAGGGCGAAGUGCUUGCUUUCUUUGCAAAACGUUGUAAGAAAAUCGAAACAUUGAAAUUGUUUCCCGUCACCACUUCAAUAACAUCCAAAAUUGAAAAUUGCAUCGAUCCUUCAAUUCAGUUGAUCAAUUCGCAAACAAACCUGCAAAAUUUAGAAAUUCAUAAUUGGGUCACCUCCAAAAUCACGUCCCUUUUACAAUCCAUUCGAUCCCAAUCUAAUUCUUUAAGAAGUAUCAAGAUCGUGAAUUGUAACCUUUACAACAGUCAACCAUUAUGGUAUUUAUCGGAAUUGCAAAAUUUAGAAGAAAUUACUAUUAGAGAAAAUCGUAACUUCAAUGAGAGAUUACUCGUGCCCCUUAUGAAAGCCAAAUUUCAUAAUUUGAGAUCAUUUAUUUAUAAAUAUCAAAUGAACGAAUUCAGUGAUGGUGUUAUCAUUAGAGAAGAAGAAUUUAUCGAGGAUGAGGUAGACUUGGAUGAAAUAUUUUCUAGCAUUGUAUUAAACUCCAAGGAUAAUUUAGAAACCGUAAUCAUUAAUGGAUUUAAAACUUCUCAAUCUUUAAGUAAUACAUUAAAUUCGCUCGUAGAAUGCAAACAUUUGAUUGAAUUAGAUAUUAUGCUUGAGAAAUCCGAAGAAUUGCUCCCUUUAUUGUUAUCGAUCAUUGAAAAUAAUCAAUCACUUGAGAAGCUAAGCGUCACAUCAAACACGUUCAAUCGAGUCCAUGAUCACGUUGAUGUAAGACAAUACUUACCUUUGUUCGCGAGAGCGUUUCCUCAAACAUUUAAAUCUCUUAGAUUAUUUACUCCAGAUUGGCGCUUUAAUACGAGCACUUUAAAACAAUUUUUGAGAGAUGCCAAUUUUAGGAUCGAAUCGAUGUGUUGGAUGAAUCAUGGAUGUUAUCUGAAAUGUAGUGAGGUGUUGAGACAAUAUGCAAAAUUAAAAAAUUGCAAGUUGGUAUUUGAGGAAGAUUGUGAGUUCUCCAAUUAUAAUUUGGGACCAUUUAAGAUCAAUGUAACCUUUAAUUUUUAA